GGAGGGGCCUGAUUGAGCAUAGCGCUAUUCUAGGUCCUGGUUCCGCGAAAGUGGAAAAUAGGCAAAAGGCAACGCUAACUAAUACAGUACAAGGAAGAUAGCUGUGGAGUGGGAAGAAUCCAGGGGCUGGCAAGCACAGGAUUGUGUCCCGCAAUGGACGAUUGGCUCUUCCAAGUAUGGCAAUCCCAUUUCCGCUGAGUGCAACGGUGUAAUACAUGAAGCUAGCUUGCCCGGCAAUUUUGGCGCAGGGGGCGUUGGUGAUUGCGCUGGUUCCCGCUGCUCGCUCACGGCGUGUGUUGCUGUUGCACGGCAGAAGCCGGAUCUUUGUCACAUGAUUUACACAGAGAAGUAGUGCUGUAAUUUAGAAGACUAUGACUGAAGAGGCGUCUUGGACGAGCGCGUGGGGGAAUAGAGUUGCCCAGAGCAGAGAGAGUUGUUGUUGUUGUGGUCUACAGUACUUAGACAACGACACCAGCAAAUGGUCACGCUGCUUUGUUAACUUUUGUUUUCUACUUUUAGCUUUUUGGGUAUCCGCGUUUCUAUUUUUAUGUUUGCAGACCCACGGAACAAGAGGAUUUUCUAGCAUUUUUAACAACGAACUUAAGUUAAAGAGACUGUACGUCAACUCAGAGUUUGAUUACUGCAUGCGGCGAGCACCACCACCAAAAACCCACCAAACGGGUAAAAGCGUGACUGACUGAGGCUGGACGGACGAACUGCUAGCACCCAGUGUUGAUUUGGAGCAGGAUGACGAAAGGGGGGUGGGCGGCGGACCAAUGAUCUGCUGAUGAAGCGAAAUUCAUUGCGCUCGUGCUGUGAUUGGUCAGCAGCGUCCAAGUUUUAACUUUUUUGCUGGCCCUUGGUGGGAAGUGGACCCGCUUUUUUCCACAGUCCAUUUUCACGCCCCAAUUUGGGAAGCGCGACUGAAGUGCUGCUGCUUUUGGCGCUGUAGUGUGGCUGUUUUCAGCGGUGAGCAUCCGCUAGAACGAGUCCUGCCUUUUAGCGCAGUUCGGCCGCUGAAAAUCAGCACUAGACAGGGCGGCCUCAGCACUGCGCUGGGUCACCUGGUGCCCGCCAACUGAAGCCAUCCCCUUCCCAGCGGGGUUACAGCGGACGGGAGAGCGCUGGUGGGUGGUGUUGAUGUUCUGUACCUGCGUCUGCCACUGCGGAUGUCGGGGGUGUUCUUUUGCCCAGCAUUGUUGCCUUCGCUAAGACUCAUACCCGUCGAACUAGUCUGCCCAUUGUCAACUCAGCCUGUCAGCUGUCGCCCGUCCCAAAAUCAUCCAUCAAAAAGCAAAGAAGCUUGGCAUUUUCCAUCAAUAGUGAUAUGCGUACCAAAUAUAGAAGCCGCCGCUCUUUUGAAUAAAUACAACAGACAAAAGCACGGUACAGCGUGAUAGGCGUAGUCGCCGUAGCGUUUGAGAUCCAGUGACGCAGGCGGGUUGCAGUCAUUGGAGACAAGACCUGUGGGAAAACAACAAACAAAGACCAUCAAGGCCAACGCUCCGUCUCGCCGACUGAGGCGUUCCCCUCGACUUUUUGCGUGGCGUCUUGUCUCUCAUCCCGCCCCUUGCAUCGUGGUUCGGGGAAUAAGCCCCUUGGCUGGACAGACAGACAGUGAAGGCAUCAAAGGGGAUACAGAUCGAGGCUAAUAACAAAACAGUUGACCUACAUAUGGCCAUCGAGCAUCGACCAUCGAACUAAACAAGCGAGCAAAAGAGGCACUGUCGCAAUCCACUCUGGUGCAUUUCUCACCCACUCACGGGGCAGCCCCUCCUCCACUCGCCUCCGCUGAUUACGGUACGAUCGUGCAUGGGCAGGCCCCCAAGGCGACGGUAGCGACUCUCGCGCGUGAGGCUAAAAAAAUAGAGAGCAACACGAAGACACCCCGGCACUGUCCUGUGCAUGGUGCAUGCAGACAGACGCGCCACCAGCAAACGGACGCCCUACACUCUGCAAGACGCCGCUUCCUGUCCGGCAGGCUACAGGCUGCAUUCACCACCAACAUCACGGGCACAGUAACAACCAGCCCAGGCACACUAGGCAGCCUGCCAAAGUCCCCCCAAAAGCAUAAUCAGCAGCCAGCGAAGCCCAAGAGGCAAAGAAAGGGAAAGAAAGGUGGUUGUGGGCCGCUGUCGCCACACCCUUCGGCUCCUGCUCCUCACACCACCAAGGCAAGACACACCACCAAAAGGAAUCGCCCCAGUCCUGCGACGACAAGCUUCGCCCACAACCCCAUCCGGCUGUUGUUUGGCUGUUCUCGGCGCUAGUGCCUACAAAGGCCCAGCGUCCUGUUUCCCGCCAAACGUGCGCCGGGGACUGCUAGGCGUCCACCCUCCUCCCACACCACUUCACACUGCCCUGCCUGCCUGGCCUGCCCAUACCCUUCUGCCCUGUGGCGCGCCUCUCUUUGCCUUCUCUUUUGCGACUGCAACCAUCUUGUCUUCGCACUCCCGUCGACUCCGUCCCGGCUUCUUCCCUCCUACACAUACACUCGCCCUACUUCCCAUUGGGAUAUUGUACGACUCGCCUUCGCUUCUACUUUUUCUCGAUAUUUCUCGGUUUUUCAUCGCCAUAUCCCCGGCCCUGUCCGACUACGAUUUGCGCGCGCUGAGCCCCCCCCCGAAUCUCGAUCGCAUAACACGCAUUCAGCGCCUUUUGCGCCGUUAAUCUCUGCGACGCGCGCCUUGGACCCAACAACAGGAGACGUUGGUUUGCUACCGAAAAUCCGAAAUCGCAUUUGUCUACUACGCGAAAUUUCGUCUCUCGAGAGUCGUUCUUAUCGCCGCUUUACACGCUCGGUGACGAUUUCGACUGCCGGCCCCGAUCGCGUUCACCUUGCUGGUCGCAUCCGCACGCCGUAUUGUGUCGUUGAACCAUUCUAGCCUCCCAUCGCGCACAAGUAUCGAACAAAAGCAUUUAUCUGCUCAAUAAGAUUUCGUCUGAUUUCGGCUCGCCCUUUCGACGUUUUUUUUUUCUAGUCUAAAUCCGACUUGGUUUGACUGGUUUCUGAUUGCGACAAGGACCCCGUCAACAAUACACACAUUGUGUCUAGCAAUAUCCGUCGCAUUCCUGUCCCGCCAAACAGUCUCAGUGCUGCCCGGCAAACACCCUCAGCAGCACCGGCGCAUGCUUAUAGCUCGUGGGCGAUGAGCUCCGACCGAAAAGUGUCGCCAACACAACCGCCCGUCGGUUCCAAGACCAAGUCCGUCAUACCCGCGCUUGCCAACGUCACCAACACCAACCACAUCUUCAACACAUCCGCCGCGCCAGCCAGCAGUAUGGCUACGCCUGCCUUCUUGCCUCCUGCGCCCCACGCUUUCCGACCAAACUCUGCCAGCCCGAUGCCGUUCCCGCUUGGUAUGCCUCUUGGGCAGGGCUUCGAUCGCGAAUCCGCCAUGCCCGGCCCUUCUCCUUUUGCCGAUGGUCCCGCCCCUCAGAUCAUUCGAGUACUCAUCCGUCGUCUUCCUGUCAACACCUCAGAAGAAUCGUUGCGCCUCAUGGUAGUCUGGUCCAAGGAACUCAUCUCAGUUGAGCUGCUGCCUGUUGAGAGAUCCGAGGACGCAGGCUUUCGCUCCGCCAUCCUACGCUUUCGAUCCAUGUCCGGUGCCUUGGAAGCCAAGAACAUGCUCGAUGGCCGCUCCAACAUCUCAAACGAUGCACAAAUGAUUGUUGAGCUCCUCAACGGAAGUCCUAUGGACGCAAGACGCGAGCGCCAAGCAAAGAUGAAUGGCGGCGGCUCACACGGCCCUAGACAACCUACGCACUUCGGCAACGGAUUUCCUUCGCUUGAGAAGAUUUCACCCACAUCCAACAGCGCCUUUCCUUCCAGCGACUUUGGCAAGCCCGAGCCCAACUUUCAGAACCUCUUCUCAUCACAGUCACCCAUCGGCAGCCAUCUAUCAGACCGUACCCGAGUGUCAGGCAAGACGUUGAUCAAUGACGACUUUGCCGAUGAUGACGAGACUAGCGACCUUCUCAAGGACCCAGUUGCAUAUGCUGAGAGCAAUGCCAGCUCACAGCGACGCGCCACGGCGCCCCAAAUUCCUAUUGGACGCAUGGCCAAUCUCACUCUCAACACAAAUGGUGGAAGCCCUCCGGGUCCUUCCUCACUCCCUCCUUACAUGAACUCGCGAUCUCCGAAUGGCAUGCCUCCUCCUCCUGGAGCCGGCUUCCCAGUCGGCGGAAACGUUGGUGGAGGUGGUGGUGGCGCGGCGCCUUAUGGCCGCCAUGCCUUCCCACCAGUGAAUCCUGCCGACCAGAAUCCUCCAUGCAACACCCUGUAUGUCGGUAACUUGCCGCUAGAUACAUCAGAGGAGGAGCUCAAGGCCAUGUUUUCAAAGCAGCGCGGUUACAAGCGCCUCUGCUUCCGCACCAAACAAAAUGGUCCCAUGUGCUUUGUUGAGUUUGAAGAUGUCUCUUUUGCCACGAAAGCGCUUCAUGAGCUCUACGGCCAGCCGCUUCACAACAGCGUCAAGGGCGGCAUCCGCCUUAGCUUCUCCAAGAACCCUCUUGGUGUUCGUUCUGGCCCAGCUACCAACCAGCCUCCUCCCAUGGCCAUGCCGCCCAAUAUGCACCAUGCGCCACCAGCAGCUGCAGGUGGAAACGGCUUCAACUCCAACGGAGCUCUUCCCCCCGGCUUGGCAGCUCCUCCAGGACUUGGCAGCGGUGGUCGAGGACACGCCAACGGAGGCGGCAACAGACCAUACCCGCUUCCUGCCUUCCACGGCGCCCCUCAUAACCCUUGGAGUGGGCCACCAUAUCACAACGGAGUCGGCGCUGCGCCCAAUGCGCCUUUGCACAACAACCCCAACUUUAUGCCUAGACACAUGAUGGGUCGAUAGAUGCCUUUUUUUUUCUGGGCAUCGUUUCAUGCGGAGCCUAGCCUUAUCUCCUUGUACGCGGGCCAGCAGCCCAUGGCGCAACGGAUAUGACAACGGCAGCAAUCGAGACAUGCGCAUACCAAGGGGCAAAGACCCCAAAGCCUCUUUACUAUUUUGGGUUCGGCGUUGAGAGACACACGGGAUUUGACAGCAUUUGCGAUACCACUUUUCAUACGGGUUGUUUUACUUUGCUUUUCCUCUUCUUCUUCUUUUUAUUUGGGGGCAAAUUGAGUGUUUUUGUUCUUGUUUUGCAUUUCAUCUUGGCCAAGAGAAACAAAGACAUGGCAUGGAUGGAGUUUUUAUUCAGUAUCAGGUUCAAGGAGACGAACCGUCGGUUUACGAAAUGGCAUAGCAUCCAACAUGCACGCCGGGGCAUCGGUUCAACGGGGGGAAAGACACCAUUUCGGCGUUUUGUUUUAUUCGGAUUCGGGAAAGACCAGGAAAGACAAAAAAAGAAAAAUGUAGCACAACGCUGCUAUACUCAAAUCGGCUGCCAUGGAGACUCUACGCAGUUUGCCAUGUGCACCACAGCUUUCGGUAGCUGUCGAUGUUUGUACACAUCCUUUGUUGUGCGGAUUCGUUUACUUUGCCUUUUUGUCUUUCUAUUGUUUUGUGGGUUUACUUCUUGUCUCCUUCAUUUCACGGAAUGCAGCAUUGCGAAAGGAUGGGAGGGUUUUAUUUCACGUUUUGGGGGUAUUUAAUCUUGGGACAGCGCUUCUUUUUUGGACCCUCUCUUUUUCGUUGUCUAGAUGUCAUACCUACUUGGUGGCAUCUAUUCGACAUGGAAGGAACGUUCCCAUGAUCAGCGCACAAGUCUCUUUUCUUGCCUUUGUUUCUUUCUUUGCACUUUCUUCUUUUUUAGUGAUUCCCCAUUUACUCUACCAAGGUCGGGUUCCACAUCGUCAGAUUUGGGAUUGUUGUUGAAGGGGAGGGCAUCUUGUUCCUUGCUGUACGACUUUGACUUUGGUGGUUUUCUCUUUUAAUAUUGGAAAGCGCGGGUUGGUUCUUCAUCUUGUUUCUUUUUCUUCUUUCUUUCGUCCUUUAUUUCUUCACUUGGCUUGCAUACGGGAAAGCAGGUAUAGGUUCUACGAUGUAAUGUACAGUUCUUUUGAUUGAAUUCAACUUGUUAUUUAAACCACAAACUCCUA